AUAAGUCAACUAGAUUUUUGGCAGACUAAACUCUUGUUUCAAAAUUCACUGUUAGGUUGAGUUCGUUGGUAAACAGGAAUUGAAAUGAACAACAAGCAAAAUGCCGUUGAUACAGCCAGAUGUUGACGCCCUCAGUCGGAAGAAGCUUCCCCUGUACGGCCCCUUGGACAUUCAGGACUACAAGGAAUACUUGAUUGAAGAAUCAAAAAGGUUUGCGCACUCCUUCUCCAACCCGUUUCCUCGCCAACUGCAAGUAGAGCACUUUACUUUUCUCUACCAGAUUGGCGCUGGCGCUUUCGGAACUGUGCUUCUCGUGAGGUACAGGCAGUUUGGAACGUUCUACGCCAUGAAAGUGCUGAGCAAGAAGAACCUAGUGGAGCGAAACUAUGUCAAGAAGGCUUUGAACGAGAAGCUAAUUCUCCAGAGCCUCAAUUGUCCUUUCACCAUCAGCUUGCUGAACUUCUCCCAGGACAAUUCGAACAUUUACUUCUUCCUUCCCUUCAUCAGCGGAGGAGAACUCUUCGUUCGGAUGACUCAAUGUGGCAAAUUCAGUGAUAAUGAAUCCAAGUUUUACGCUGCUCAAGUAAUCUUAACUUUCGAGUAUUUGCACAAAUGUGGAAUCAUCUAUAGAGACCUUAAGCCUGAGAACAUCUUGCUGGAUCAUUUCGGGUACAUCAAACUAACAGACUUCGGUUUGUCAAAAUUAGUUCCUCAGAGGACUUACACAUUUUGUGGAACUCCUGACUAUAUAGCACCUGAAAUCAUAUUGGGUCAAGGUUACGGGAUGGGUGUGGAUUGGUGGGCCUUGGGAGUCUUCAUGUAUGAAAUGUCCUGCGGUAAAACUCCGUUCUUGGGCAUCAACGAACACGCCACCUACACAAACAUCAUUAUUGUGAAAUACGACAUGCCAAAAGAUUUCGAUAAAGAUUUGAAACACUUGAUUGAAAACCUGCUGCAAAGCGAUGUUACAAAAAGAAUUGGGAAUUUGAAAUCUGGCGUAGAAGACGUGAAGAACCACCCUUGGUUUGGAGAGAUAAACUGGCUUGCUCUUCUAAACAGGAAAGUAGCGCCUCCUUUUGUACCGUCUGAUACUAAAGAGAUAUCCAAAAGUGCGUUCCCUGGCAUGAAGCAGAUUACUGAUUGGGAAGUAGCGAAAGAAGACUUGUACAAAGAUAUUUUUUCGGAUUUUUAACCGUCGUAGAUGUUCUUGGUAUAUAGCUACCUACCAACUUUCUCAGCACCUACCAUAUGAGUAACAAGCUUCACAAGAAAAGAGUGGUCUCAGGAGAAAGGAUUCCUUAAAACAGGACAUUUUCGAAUUCCCACGAGAGCCUACUAGUAGAUAGCGAGAUCGAAUCUUAUAGACUCUUUUAACAAUUUACUUUUGGUGUGCGUAGUUCAACUUUUUCAAAAAUAGGCCUACAUUUAAAAACUGAAUUAAUUCCAAAGUUUAUCCAGAUUCGUAUUGGAUUUUUAAGUUGAUUGUUUCUCUGCAACAAAUAUUUAUCCUUUUCCUGAAUUCACUACAAAUUGUUUUGUAUUUUCUUUGAAUUGCCUCUUUUUAAUCCAAUAAUCCAGAGAAGACGUCUUAAAUGAGCCGUCUUUUGAGAGGUGAUGGUUUAAAUUACAAAAAGCUAGGGGUAACACAUUAUAAAGACAGAU